AGCAAUGAGAACGACAGCAAUGAGGACGAUAGUAAUGAAGACGACGGCGAGUCUCAAGCGGAUAGUGACUACGGCAUCGUCAAUGACUCGGGAAGAUUCUCGGACCACGGGAAUGACGAGGACGUCCCGGAUGACGUGGAAGCCAUGGAUGUCAGUGCCGUAGAGAACAAUGCCGUAGAGAACAAUGCCACAGAGACCAAUGCAGCAGAGAACGAUGCUGCAGAGACCAGUGCCACAGAAAAUGAGGACGAUACGGGUUGGGAUGUCGAGAAAAUUGAAGAUGAGAUGUACCUUGACGACGGGUCGUCUAAGUACCUCAUCAAGUGGAAGAUGCCCGGUGCGGCUGACUCUUGGGAGCCAGAAAAAAAUCUCGACCCGGAACUUAUUGACGAGUGGGAGAAGUCUAGACCACUCUGAGAGGCGGGAGGAGGGGUGGGCGAGGGCAGGGAAAUAGGAAGACCGUUAAGAGUGCAGCCGUGAACAAGGAGAAUGAAGG